AUGGCGAGGCUGCGGAGAAGCAAACUAGCCGCUGGAUUUCUAUUACUUUUCCAGUGCCUGAGCGAGCGCUGCCAGCUCGCCGGCGGGGAGACGCCGAGGCAGAGCCGCGGUGUGUUUUAUGAAGUUGUUCAGAGCUUCCCUGGAGUGGUGGAGAAUGUGGAGGUGGAUUCAUACAUAAGCAGCCACAGGUGGAGAAGGCACACACAGUCCCUCAAAUCAGUAGACACCAACAGAGCCAGCAUGGGGCAGGAUUCCUUGGAGCCAGGGGGUUUCACAGACCUGCUGCUUGAAGAGGGACAUGACAACACUACACAGAUUGAGGAGGAUACAGAUCAUAAUUAUUAUACAUCAAGGACAUAUGGCCCUUAUGAUUCUACCAGCCGGGAUCUUUGGGUCAAUAUAGACCAAAUGGAGAAGGACAAAGUAAAGAUUCAUGGGAUCCUUUCCAAUACCCAUCGUCAAGCAGCAAGAGUGAAUUUGUCCUUUGAUUUUCCAUUUUACGGACAUUUUCUACGUGAAAUUACUGUGGCAACUGGGGGUUUCAUAUAUACUGGAGAAGUUGUGCAUCGAAUGCUAACAGCUACUCAAUAUAUUGCACCCUUAAUGGCAAAUUUUGACCCCAGUGUGUCAAGAAAUUCAACAGUCAGAUACUUUGAUAAUGGCACAGCACUAGUUGUCCAGUGGGACCAUGUACAUCUGCAGGAUAAUUACAACCUGGGGAGUUUCACUUUUCAGGCCACCCUUCUCAAUGAUGGGCGUAUCAUUUUCGGCUACAAAGAAAUUCCUGUCGCUGUGACACAGAUAAGUUCAACCAACCACCCAGUGAAAGUGGGACUUUCAGAUGCAUUUGUGGUCGUGCACAGGAUCCAGCAAAUUCCCAAUGUCCGCAGAAGAACAAUUUAUGAAUACCACAGGGUGGAGCUACAGAUGUCAAAGAUUACCAAUCUCUCUGCUGUCGAAAUGAUACCUCUUCCAACUUGUCUCCAGUUUACCAGCUGUGGUCCCUGUGUCACUGCCCAGAUUGGUUUCAACUGCAGCUGGUGCAGCAAACUCCAAAGAUGCUCCAGUGGAUUUGAUCGUCACCGGCAAGACUGGGUAGACAGUGGCUGCCCUGAAGAGUCAAAGGAUAAGAUUUGUGAGAAGAAUAUAGACACAACUGAAACACCUCUGUACUCCACCACCACCCUUCUGCCAACCACCACAAGGUUCAGAGUUUUAACAACCACCAGAGGAUCCACCACUUCCCACCUUCCAACCAGCCUGCCCACAGAAGAUGACACCAAGAUAGCACUGCACCUAAAAGAUAAUGGAGCUUCAACAGAUGACAGUGCAGCAGAGAAGAAAGGUGGAACACUUCAUGCCGGAUUAAUUGUUGGCAUUCUAGUCCUGGUCCUCGUUGUGGCUGCAGCCAUCCUCGUGACUGUCUACAUGUAUCACCAUCCAACAUCAGCAGCUAGUCUCUUCUUCAUAGAGCGACGUCCAAGCAGAUGGCCAGCAAUGAAAUUCAGAAGAGGAUCUGGACAUCCUGCCUAUGCUGAGGUGGAACCAGUGGGAGAAAAAGAAGGGUUCAUCGUAUCAGAGCAGUGCUAA